AGGUCACCUCCUCCUUUCCUGUCCCAGGGCAGCAUCAUGGAAGUGCCUGGGCCGGCGGUGCGAGGAGAGGGAGGCGCGUGGUACCAGCUCAACGGCUAACUGGGACCCCCCCCCCCGGCGGGGAGCGCUGCGGAGUCUGACGGGCCCCUGCCCGGGGAGGGCCGGCCGGCUGGCGGAGACGCUACCAUGUUGGGAGGAGAUGAAUUCAUCAGUUCCCCACCAAGGAAGACUGUCAGGUUUGGUGGGACGUUGACAGAUGUCUUGCUGAAAUACCAAAAGGGUGAAACUACAGACUUUGAGUUGUUAAAGCACCAGCUUUUAGAUCCAGAAAUAAAGGAUGCCCAAAUCAUUAAUUGGCUGCAGGAAUUUCGGGCUUCUGUUGCAUAUUUGACCAAAGACUUUGAGCAGCUAGUCAGCAUUUUGUUGAAGCUGCCAUGGUUGAGCAGAAGUCAAGAUGUGGUGGAAGAAUAUUUGGGUUUUCUUGGUAAUCUAGUGUCAGCACAGACUGUGUACCUUCGAUCAUGUCUGCGCAUGAUUGCUUCACAUUUUGUACCCCCUCGAGUAACCAUAAGGGAGGAUGAUGUGUAUAUUUCAGAUUCUGAUGAUGAUGAGGAAAGUCUUUCUGGAAAUUUUAACACAUGUCAUAGAGCACUGCAAACUAUAGCAAAAUAUGUUCCUUCAACACCACAAUUUCUCAUGCCGAUACUUGUGGAAAAUUUUCCUUUCAUUAAUAAAUCAGAAAGAACGCUGGAAUGUUAUGUUCAUAACCUGUUGCGAAUUACUGUGUAUCUUCCAACACUGAGGCUUGAAAUUCUGGAACUUAUUGUUGAAAGGCUAUUAAAGAUAGAUGUUAGUGCCCCACGACAAGAUAUUGAGGAUGCUGAAGAAACUGCUAAGAAUUCUGAUAUCAAGGAAAAAACCACAGAGGAAGGACUCUUUGACAUGGAGGAAGAUGAAGAAACAAAAGAAAACAAAGAUACCUUCAGUAGGAGUGACGUGAUGGCCCAUCCAUUAGCAGAACGCUUGGAUAUUUUGAUGAACAUUCUGUUUUCUUACAUUAAAGAUAUCUGCCAUGUAGAUGGGAAGCUUGAUGUUAACAAUACGAAGGACUUGUAUAGGGAUCUGGUUACUGUCUUUGACAAGCUCAUUUUGCCAACCCAUGCUUCAUGUCAUGUACAGUAUUUCAUGUUUCACAUCUGUAGCUUUAAAUUGGGGUUUGCAGAAGCAUUCUUGGACCAUCUUUGGAAAAAAUUGCAGAAUCCAAAUAAUCCUGUGGUGAUCAGACAGACGGCUGGAAGUUAUAUUGGCAGCUUCUUGGCAAGGGCUAACUUUAUUCCAAUUGUUACAGUGAAAGCGUGCAUGGAUCUGUUAGUUAACUGGCUGCACGUUUACAUUGACAAUCAGGAUGUGGGGACAAAAGCUUACUGUGAUGUUGUUCUUCAUGGACCUUUUUACUCCACGUGCCAGGCUGUGUUUUAUGCUUUAAUUUUUCGCCACAAGCAACUUUUGGAUGGAAACUUAAGGAAAGGUUUGGCCUACCUGCAGAACUUAAAUUUUGAACGCAUAGUCAUGUGUCAGCUAAACCCUCUGAAGAUUUGCUUACCCUCCAUUGUUAACUUGUUCGCUGCUAUUACGAGGAAAUACCAGUUGGUGUUCUGCUACACCAUCAUUGAAAGGAACAACAGGCAAUUUUUGCCAGUCAUCAGAAGCAGCAGUGGGGGUGAUUCUGUACAGACUUGCACUAACCCGCUUGACAGUUUUUUCCCAUUUGAUCCUUACAUUCUCAAAAGAUCAAAGAAGACCAUUGAUCCUAUUUACCAGAUUUGGGAAGAGCUGAGUACUGAUGAUCUUCAAGAACUUAAGAAACCCUUUAAAAAGCGUACAACUGAAGAUGAAGAUGAUGACUUUCUGAAAGGAGAAAUACCUCAAAAUGAUGGCUUGGUUGGAAUUACUCCAAAUUCUUAUGACUCAAAUAUUCUGAGCCCAGCAAGCAGUGUGGGAUCCCCUCCAGAAACAUAUGUACAACGGCACCUCUGACUUUGAAAUUCAGAAAUUAAGUGGCUCAAAAGCUGUGUGCAAUUUUCACUCUUUAAAGAGACUUUCUGAGUAACUUUCCAACUCUGAAGAUUUUACUUGUUUUGGUAAUCAUAUUAAAGAAGAGAGACUCUAAUUUUUUCUUAAACUUGCUCAGAUUUCUACAGAGAUGUGUUCUGAUUAAUUUCAUACAUUGCUAGAAAAGGCUAGAGAAUAAACUGCAGUAUUUACAGUUUUCAUAUUGAAAUAGUUUAUACAUAAUUUAUAGUUAUUUUUCUUGAUUAGUUUUUGUUUAAUAAUGUUUGCUCUAUAAGGUGAAAUCCUGGGCCCUCUUGUCAUUGACUACAGUGGGACUAAAAUUGCACUCUAAAUGUUUAAUUGUGUUUUGAUUGGGUAUGUUUUUAAGUUACCUUUCUAACAAGUAAACUGAGCAUAGGAUGAGGUACCAGGGCCUGAGUUCUGAUUCCAGCCUGACUUUGCCUCCCUCUGACCUUUGACAGAUCACUUAGGGGAAGCUGAGGAAAAGAAGCUAUCUGUAGAAUACGUGGUAAAGCACUUUAAAGAUGGAAGGUGCUAUUAUCACUGCAUAAGAUUUUGUU